AUGAAACUUGUUUGUUUUUCGGGAAACAUUCCAUCAGGUGAUGGGACAGAAAUUGGUCAAGGGUUUUCUACGCAGAUUCAUGGCGGACUCGAUCAAUUGCUGAGGUCUAUAUUUCCUGCAGAGCAUAUACAUGUUGGUGACGUUAACUUCCGUGGAAUGGGUGCAAGUUCUGCUGUAGUUCAUGCAGGAACAACUCAGAGUGCUGCCACUACUCAAGUGGGUCAAGUAUUCCAUCAUCUGAGGGAGCAGGUGAUAUUGAGGAUAGAACUACACAAGCAUCCUCAACACAAGCUGAGGACAACUCAAACAGAGGGGCCUCGUCAAGUAGUCGACAUGGCAAUCCACCAUCCUCUCCAAGCUCCAAACGUCAAAGGAGGGAGUGAUUUAUCUCCAGAAUCACACAGUAAUGAUUUGAGACACAUGAUCGAUGCUAUGAGACUUUCAAUCGAGUGUCGUUGGCAUCUUUAUUUGAAGUUCAGAAUACUAGAAUUCCAGUGGAAGCUAUGGUUGUGGAUAUGUGAAGCAGAUACUAGAUAAUAACUCUACAAAGAGAUGAACCCUAGACCAAGAGUU